GGCGGCGGCGGAGGAGGCGGUGGCGGCGGAGGGGGAAAGAUGGGGGCGCCCGUCCUUCUGAGAGUGUCGGUGCCGCGGUGGGAGCGGGUGGCCCGGUAUGCAGUGUGCGCCGCCGGGAUCCUACUCUCCAUCUACGCCUACCACGUGGAGCGGGAGAAGGAGCGGGACCCCGAACACCGGGCCCUCUGCGACCUGGGGCCCUGGGUGAAGUGCUCCGCUGCUCUUACCUCCAGAUGGGGUCGAGGAUUUGGUCUUUUGGGUUCCAUUUUUGGAAAGGAUGGUGUAUUAAAUCAGCCAAACAGUGUCUUUGGACUUAUAUUUUAUAUACUACAGUUAUUACUUGGCAUGACAGCAAGUGCAGUUGCAGCUUUAAUCCUCAUGACAUCCUCCAUCGUGUCUGUAGUAGGUUCUUUGUACCUAGCCUACAUUCUGUACUUUGUGCUAAAGGAGUUUUGCAUCAUCUGCGUCUUCACAUACGUGCUGAACUUCAUUCUUCUUAUCAUCAACUACAAACGACUAGUUUACUUGAAUGAGGCCUGGAAACGGCAACUGCAGCCCAAGCAGGACUAACGAACUCUGACAGUCUGAAGAUCCCUUUUCCGUUGUUUAUUUGCAGCAUUUUUUUUAAUUUACAACAGACACUUUCCCUAAGAAUCUUAAACUGAUUUUUUAAAAUCUUGUAAAUUAGAAGGGUAUUUUCUGUGUCAAUCUUCAUUUUAAAUAUGGAUACAAAAACAAACAAAAAACAUAGGCCGAACCAAUCAAAGACAAGCUUUAACUUUACUUUGAAGAUGUUUCUAAAAUAAUUAAAUAUAGCCCUAGCCCCCUUCCUUCAAUUGUAAAGUGAGCAACCAUUGCUAGUAAUUCUCCACUGUGUAUAAAUUCAAUUUCAGGUAUAACAAAUGUGAUCAUGACAUGAAAAUAUUUUAGAAUAGAUACUGUAUUAAAUAUUGCCAUGUUUACAAUAUGUAAUAUGUUUUUAGCUGAUGGAUUUAAACAUGUAGAUUCAACUAGAAUCUGUUUAUGUUAUAUUUGUAAAUAAAGGUAGAGUUAUUGGAUCCAGCCCUGCAGAACUUACUGUACAGUUUAGUUGAAGAGUAGCAAUGAAUUGUCAGCUCAACAUUGACUCAAGAAAUAGUGAAAAUAGUAGGUCCUUACAGAGCAUCUUGUGGGUGGUAAGGACUGACAGCUGUGGGUCCAGCAUUGACAUCAAAAAUAAUGGAGUGUUUCCUUUUCCUCUCCUUCCUCUGAAAGGAAAGAACUAUUUGGACACUCAAGUCAGACAUGUCUAGUCAUAAAACUGGAUCAAUUAUAACCUUACAGAAUGAGUCAUGUUACUAAAUAAAUCAUUAAGUCCAAGGCCUUCAGGACACUAGAGAUGGGGAAAUGGGUAGAUUUCUUUGGAGGAUAGCUGGACAUUUUAAGGUAAAGUCUCUUACAGCAGUUGAAUUUUCAUGCAGAUAUUUUGUCUUAACAGUGGUGCCAGUCAAACAGACAGUAUUAUGACCCUGAAAUAACCAGUAUAAGCCCACUCACUCCAUAGUAGUAUUGCUCUUGGGUAGCCCUGUAGUGUUUUCUGUUUCUUUCUGCACUAAUUGGAUGACUAGGUUAGUUGUUUCAGAGUCAAAUCGUAAACCUGGAUCUGUAAACUUCAGAGCUAACACACUGCUCAGCUUGCUUAAUCAGGAGGAGCACUACAGGUAGAAAUAUUUCAAGGUGAAAUACAGUAAUGUUGUCACUACUCUUUCUUAUAAUUACACAAAUGCAGAAUUUUUAAAAGUGAUUUCAUUAAACCCAAAUGAAAUUGUGACACCGUUUCUAUGGUUAACAUCUGAUAUCAAAAUGUUAAAAGUGCCUUCUGUCUUAAAUCUCAAACCAAAUAUUGUGUGUUGAACUUGGGCAGAAAUGUCCUUUCUUAGCAUGAUGUAGAUGAUUUGCAUUCUGUAGAAAGGUUCUGUAUGAUCAUUCUAUUUCUUAGGUUGAGAAGUGGUAGCAAUGUUUUUGCGUCCGAUUCAAUUAAUCAUCAUGUUAAAAGUAGACCAGUGAUUUGAGUGCUUUAUUUGCCUACUUUUUGAAGGGAGAGGACAGGUUCUACUCUGUAACAUAUGUGUAAAGUCAGCAGCUGUUUCCAACUGUCAUAAUUGAUGCAGUAUAUUCUCCUGGCCCACAGCAGGUAUAAAAUCUGAAUUGUAAUGAACUAUUGAGUUUAAACCAGUUUUAUAACAUCGUUUAAUUCAGAUUUCAUCCAGGCUGAUGUUUUUCCCAUGAAUGUGAAUAUUUCGAUGCCUGUUUUGUUCUUAUUUCUAAAAUUAGUUAAAGAACUGUGAAAACAUUGAUUAGAUGUCUCGUGUUUAUGGAGAAACAAGUCCUAAUGUUGAAGUUGAACUGUGCAAUGAGGUCAUGUUGUAGCAGUGCUUCCAGUUCUACCAACUAUUUACUGGUUCUCAUUUCUAAGCUAUAGUGGAAAUGGCUUGAUGGUUAAGACUUCUGUGGUGUGUAUAGCACUGAUUGUGCUAAAUAGGUUCCUCCCGUCUCAGUUUAAUAUGAUUUUUCAUAUUUUGUAUCAAUCAGCAGAGUGUAGUUAAAGCUUGUCUUGAUGUUGCAUUCUUGCAAAUGUCUUAAACUCGAUGAGAAAAUGUAAAAAUGUUCAGCCAGACCCUUCAAGUUUUCCUUUGCUUUCCUAAGCCUGGGAGAAAACACCACUGUUUAAGUUGUAUAAAAAAAUUUGCCACAUUCCUAUGACCCAGAAUUAAUAUCCUUUUUCUCACUGAGCAGUGAACACGUUCUGCCUGGAACAAUAGCAUUGUAAUGCCAUUAUAUCAGUAAGCAACAGAAAGAACCCUGGUGUGUGUUAUUUGGUAUUUUUACCCUGGGAGAAUUUAGGGACCCCCCUACACCCUCUAUGCCACACCAGAAGAGGUGGGGAAAAUGCUGUGUUAUAAAAUUUGAGGACUGUGAUGACUGUUAGACUGAAUAGUUAAACAUUGCAAAAUUAUUAGUCACCAACAUUGAAGAGCAGAUUAGGGAAAAUAAAUUUCUGUUUGGAGCAGAAAUUCCAUGCUUCUUGGUUUUUGAAAUAAUUUGUAACAAAUGAAGCCUCUUAUUUACUUGAUAGUCACAUCAUUUGAAUAAAUAAGAGAGGUUGUGGUUAAAUGAUCAGUUCUAGGUAAUCUAGGUGGUUUGGAGAAUUUCGUUUGUUUGUUUUUAUUGCAGCUAGUUGCUGUCAGUGAGGGUAAUCUUCUGGAGAAAUAACUCAGGUUUAACUAGCUGUGUGCCGGGAAUUACUUUUACUUGAUGUAUAUAGCCUCUCCUUAAAUCCACUACUUUUAAAGACGGUGAAAGCAUUGACUAUUUUCAUAUGAAGAGACAAAGAUCUGUCGUUUGGUACAAGAGAUCUUUGGAUCUAAUACUAGGUAGGAUACAGGACCAAGGCUACAGUGAAAUUUACACUCUUUGUUGGCUUACUUUGCUUAUAUUUCAUUUAUAUUUAUUUUUAAGACUCUCAGCAAAAGUGCAAAGUUAUCUUCAGCAAUUACUUCAUACCUUAGAUUGGUACCACUGCUUGACACCCAUGAAUGCUGACAGAUCGUGAAAAUCAGUAUUAAACAGAUGCCAACAAGAAACCCACUAUCAUUUUUGGUAACCUAUUUGGGAAGGAGUACCUAAUAUGCAACUUUUGUCCUCAUGUAUUUUCCCCAAACAUGCAAGCACUGGCAAAACAUCUCUAUUCAAACAUGUUAGGCAGCAUGUAUGAUUCCUAAUUUGUGAGAACUACCCUUCAAAACGGAGGGAGGGGUGAGAGUUCAGGCUACUUAGUUAAACAUGUUUUUGACAAAUUGGCUCAGAAAAGGUGUAACGUUUUGUUGUAAAACUGUAUUAAGCAUGGCCUAAGUAUGAGGUAUAUGAUCUGUAUAGUAUGUUCCAUCAAUAUUUAUUACUAGUGCUUUAAACUCCAGAGUAAACAUUCAUUUAAAAUGGAGUUCACUAGGCAGAUUUCCUCUCUAAUACAGAUGGGAAUAUUCUUUAUCAGAGAUUAGGACAGUUUUGCUAACUGGUAAAAACCAAAUGUAAAUAUGUAAGAAUGUUUAUUUGUUGCACAUAACUUUUUUGGUAUAAAAUAAAUGUAGAAGUUACCUGUGGAA